AUGGGAGACUUCAACAACGAUCCUCUCAUGCGCAACCAGAACGCCGCUGUUCAAGCUCGUACCAAAGCCCAGAAUCGCGCCAACGUCCUUCAACUCAAGCUGAUUGGACAGAGUCAUCCAACUGGCCUCACUGCGAAUUUGCUGAAGCUGUUUGAGCCUAGGCCUCCAUUGGAAUACAAACCACCUCCGGAGAAAAGAAAAUGUCCGCCGUUAACAGGGAUGGCUCAAUUUGUCACCAAGUUUGCUGAGCCUGGCGAACCAGAAUAUUCUCCGCCUGUGCCAGUGGUUGAAACUCCUGCAGAAAGAAGGGCCAGAGUGCACAAGUUAAGACUUGACAAAGGAGCUGCGAAAGCUGCUGAGGAGCUUGAGAAAUAUGAUCCACAAAAUGAUCCAAAUAUAUCAGGAGAUCCAUACAAGACUUUAUUUGUGGCCAGACUUAGUUAUGAGACUACUGAGAGCAGAAUCAAAAGGGAGUUUGAGUCAUAUGGUGCAAUCAAACGGGUUCGACUGGUAACUGAUACUGAGUCAAAUAAGCCCAGGGGUUAUGCAUUCAUUGAAUACCUGCACACAAGAGACAUGAAAGCUGCUUAUAAACAAGCUGAUGGUAGGAAAAUUGAGGGUAGAAGGGUGCUUGUGGAUGUUGAACGUGGGAGGACUGUUCCAAAUUGGCGACCCCGCCGUCUAGGUGGUGGGCUAGGUACUACUAGAGUGGGGGGCGAAGAAGUUAAUCAGCGACAUUCGGGGAGGGAGCAACAGCAGUCAGGACCUUCUCGUUCUGAAGAACCCAGAGUCCGAGAUGAUCGACAUGUUGAUCGGGACAGAGAAAAGUCACGCGAAAGAGGUAAGGACAGAGAACGUGAGCGAUCGCGUGAACGAUCUAGCGAUAAGGCUAGGGAUCGUGAUCAUAGAGAGGACAGGCACCACAGAGACAGAGACCGAGAUAGGAAUAGGGACAGAGACAGAGAUAGGGAUUAUGAAGUUGGGGAAACUGACCGGGGACGGUCCCAUGACAGGGGAACUGAUUAUGAUCAUGUUGAAUCUAAACAUGAGAAGGAACCUCAUGUUGAAAGAGAGCGAGACUAUGAUGAUCAUCGUGGGCGGUACAAUCAAUCUGGACAUGGACAUAGGCAUGUAGACCCUGAACAUGACCCUGAUCAGUAUGACCAUUAUGAGCAUCAUAGAGGACGGGGGCAGUAUGAUGAAGGAGAUGACCAUGGUGAUUACAGUCAACAUCCUGAUCCUGCUAAGAUUGAAGAUGGCCAUCCCACUGAACGAGCAAAAUCUAAAUCACGUGACAGGGACAGAAACCGUGAUACUGACCGUGAUUAUCAUCGCUCAGAGAGGUCCCUUUCUCGAGAAUAUGAUUACUAG